AUGAUGGAAAAUGAGCAUGAUAUAAAUGGUACUGCCUCCAGUGAUCAGAAGGACGGCGAAGACCAUGACUGUACCACCACCUCCACCACCACCUCCAUCAUCAAUACAUCAAUACAUUUACUUAAAGAAGAAGCAGAUUUAAUUAAUCGUAUACGAGAUAUUCUUCAUUUGGAUGAGGAAAUUCAACAAUCAUCCGUCACCGAUCGUUUAUCGCCCCAAAAGCACCAUAAUGAUCGAAGAUUUAGUAUUAACAACAUAACUUUAUCAGCAGCCACAUUAGAAUUUAAAAUUGAACGAGUAAAACAAAAAUUCGCUGCGGGAAGUAUGGAAGAAGCAUUUUAUGAAUGUUGGAAAAUACCAUCCGAACAAAGAACAUUGGAAAUUUGGAAAUUAGGCGCUGAAUCUAGUAAAAAACUUAGUUGUUUUGCAGUUGCUGAAAGAUGGUUUUCCGAAGCGAUUAAUGCUUGUCGUUCUCAUAAUACUGAUUUGAAUAUCAAACUUGAACAAGCACGUAUCGCACGAUUUUAUUCUACCUAUUUAUUACGUUAUCCAAUGAUUGAUAUAAGAGUUGAUAGCCGGGGCAAGGGGAUUUAUGCUAAACGAGUUAUUUCAACUGGUGAAGAUAUAUUCACCGAUAUUCCAAUUGUUCAUUCACAAACCGUGGAUACAUUAACAAUAUCACCAGCUUGUGCAACAUGUACAACAUCGUUAUUGACACCAUCGCUCUAUUUUGAAACAUCUUGGUUACAAAUGUCCGAUAAACUACGUAAACAAAUUGAAGAUAAUUGGCCGAAAAUGACUAUUGUUCCUUGUACAGGAUGCCAUUAUGAAAUUUAUUGUUCAGAAGAAUGUCGUUUAAAAGCUUGGGUGUCAUAUCAUCGUAUUUUAUGUCCGUCAAACAAUUCAGCAACCGUAGAAUUAUAUCAGUUUUGUGCUAAUAGACAGAUAAUUGUUCGUGAAACAUGGAAUAGUAUAUUUUCCCCAAUGAUUAUCGCCAAACUAUGGGCAAUGAUUAUAAUUGAUACGGUUGAUCAUCUCGUCAAUGACAACACAUCCUCCUCAUCGAUUAUAAAUAGCAUCGAAACGUCAACAGCUAUUGAACGAGCAAAAGAAAAGUUUUCUGACUUUAUUUCUACAGGUGACGAGACUUAUGUUUACACCAUCCCUCGUAUGUUACGAAUAAUGCAAAAUAUAUUCGAUCAUUCAUCGUUACCAUUUCGUUAUGAAGUUGAUGAAAAAGAAUUUACCUAUCGUUUUUAUCAAAUUGCAUGCAAUGCUCAAAGUUUUUCAUCACCUACAUAUGCUGCAAUGAUUUAUUCUCAUUUUUUAUUUAAUAUACGUAAUGAUCGUAAUCUAUGUCAAAUUCUACAAAAAUAUUCACACGGUGAACCGAGAGAUCAAGUAUUUGGUGGUCUAUUUUUAUUGCAAUCAUGUUUGAAUCAUUCAUGUGAUAAUAGUGUCGAAAUAAUGGAUUGUCAAGUAACGCCUGAACAAGCAGGUAUCAAAGUAAGAUGUAAACAUCAAUUAAAACCGGGUGAUGAAUUAACGAUUAAUUAUGUUGAUUUGGGAUUGGGUAGACGUGCAAGACGAGCAAUGCUAAAACGUGCCUAUAAUUUUUGGUGUGAAUGUAUUCGAUGUCGAUUUGAAGGUGACGAUUGCAAUUCGUGUACAGAAUGUCGAAAAUAUUCAGAAAAUAAUAGAAAAUCAUUUCCAGCAUGUAGUCGAUGUCGAGCAGCAUGGUAUUGUUCAGCCGAUUGUCAAAAACGAGCAUGGAAACGUGGACAUAAAAUUAUUUGUAGAGAUUGGACAAAAGAACGUAGUUCAUCGUCAGCAAAUUAG